AUGGCUGGCAACCCAAACAUGCAAAAGAUCGGAAAGAGGAAAAAUCAACCUCCUCGAGAAAAAGCAGAUUGGCUUUUCCCUGCCUCCGAUCCAUCAAAAACCACAUCAAAACAACCGCAGGCGCAAAAAACCAAACAGGAGAAGAAAUUAGCAACUGAACUACUCAAACGCGCUGCUGGUACCUCUGCUACUAUGCCUUCUUCUCAGCUUCUCGAUCUCGUUGGCGCGUUUCUCUCUGAACACGAGUUUACUGGUACAAGUCGAACUCUGCUCACCGAACGGAGACAGCGAGGAGAACCAGCAAGCCACAGCUCCCCUAACACCCCGCCGCUUACCACCAUAUUUGAUGAGUGGGUAGCCCUGAAGGAGACGAAACCAGCGGUAGUAGAGGUGGUCAACAAUGCUACCAAAACGUCUACAAAAGAGAAGGAGCCGAAGAAAACCAAGGCAGAGAAAGUAAAACAAGCCAAAGCGCAACCCGCAAAGUCAAGCAGCAGUGAUAGCGAUAGCUCGGAAAGCGAGGCCAGCGAUGUCGAGAUGGCGGACGCGCCACCGGUUAAGAAGGGAUCUAGUCGAAAGUCGGCUUCGUCCUCUUCAUCAUCUUCCGAUUCAUCGAGUAGCUCAGACAGCGAUGCGGAUGACGAAAAAGAAGUCCCAUCCACCAAAGCCGCUUCUCCCAAACCGAAAGCGAAAUCUUUGAAGCGCAAGGCAUCCUCACCAAGCGAUUCUUCAUCAGCUGCAGAUUCCAGCUCAGAAGAUGAAGCCCCCAAGACGAAGAAAGCGAAAGUAGCAGUCAGUGCUUCAUCAGAUAGCAGUUCCUCCGAUUCGUCAUCCGAUUCAUCCUCAGAGGAAGAGGAGACUGGAAAAAAAGAGACAGUCAAAGGCGAUGCAGACUCAUCUUCAAGCGACUCUUCUGACUCGUCAUCGGAUUCAGAAUCGGGCUCAGACGGCAAGGUGAAAGUUGAGAAAGGCGCAAAGACUUCGGAAUCAUCCGACAGCGAUUCUUCCUCUAGCUCAGACUCGGAUUCAGAUAGCGACUCUGACUCUUCCACUCAGUCGAAUGCUCAAAAGGUUGCUCUGCCAGAUUCUGAGUCGGAGUCAUCAGAUUCCGAUAGCGACAUGGAAGAUGAAGCAAAAGUAACCGGGACUUCUGACACAAGCGCCACUCUCUCUGAUGGAGCUAAAAAAUCAGCCUCUUCCGACUCUGAUUCGGAUUCCUCGUCGUCCAGCGAAUCUGAUACUGAUCCUAAACCUGCCAAAACAAAGAAAACCGUCGUCAUCACAACCGCUAUGGCCAUUGAUCCACCAUUACCACCUGAGCCGGUCAAGAAAAACACGAAAAAGUCGAAUGCUCCCUUCUCCCGAAUUCCAAAGGAUACAGUUGUUGAUGAACGAUUAGCGAGUAACGCAUACGUCCCGUACGACUAUGCUCAAAAAGCGCACGAGGAUCUCAUCGUGACUAGAGGGAAAGGAUUUACCAAGGAGAAGAAUAAGAAGAAGAGAGGAAGUUACCGGGGCGGUUUCAUCGACGUCGAGGGGAAAAAAGGAAUCAAGUUUGAGGACUAG